AUGCUGAGUAAAGCUCCAGCUAUUAGUCCGGGGAAGAACCCCGCUGCAAUUGCAGCACCAGGGAAGGCCGGGCAACUGGAGUUUCGAUCUGAUGAUUGGCUAAAACUAGGAAUCGACACAGGGGUUGUCGAUACUGUAACUGUUGCGGGAGUCGAGGUGGAGGUCAACGUUGGUUCAGGCGUCGCGGUUGACGUUGGCGAACUGGUUAUCGGUUUGAUAGUCGUGCAGUCCUUUCCUUCCGGACAACAAAUCAACGUCGUCGAGUCAUCCACACUCAAGCACGUCGAUGAUUUUGGGCAACAGAAGUUGGAUGGGAGUUUCGAGUCUGGACAACUUGAGAAAUCCGGAUCCCCGCAGGUAUUGGCGAGUCUGACUGAAAGAUCGAAACCAAGACCUGUCAAAGAAACGGAAGAGACAGUUAGGAAAAGCGACUGGAGGGCACAGGCGAACGUCAAUCUUGAUUGUCGCAUCUCAAAGGCUAAGUCUGGAGUCCGAGAAGAUCAAAAGUUGGUGCGGUAG